GUCGCAACGAUGGAAUGUAUGAGAGAAGUCAUUUCCCGAAGCAAAGGUGCGUUGUUGACAGGGUGAGGCGGGGCAAGGUACUCCGAAGAGCACGCUAAGAUGGCAUCAGCAGCCAUGGAUGUGUCGACGUUAACAACUAUCACCGCAAAAGCCGCCAUCUGAGACGCAUUCUGCCGUCUCGCUUCCUAAUCAGCCGUCCACACGUCACAAUGCUCGGACGUAUAAAGCCAUUGGCGAUCCCAGAGGGAUGCCGUCCCACCAUCUGCACCUUCCUGCCGUCACUAUUCAAGUACCCCACCCCACGUUGAGCUCGCAACCCCGCCAUCAUCAUCUACUCAAAACGUUGACACCAUGUCGGACGAAGUAGUUCAGAAGCUCCUCAAGGAAUCGAAAGCGGAGUACAGGAGACUGGGAAAGAGUGGGCUGAAGGUAUCGGUUCCCAUAUUGGGUGCGAUGAGCUUUGGGUCCAAGAAAUGGCAACCCUGGGUGAUUGAAGAGGAAGAAACCUAUCCGCUACUAAAAGCGGCCUACGAUAAGGGUGUCACAACUUGGGACACUGCCAAUGUCUACUCCAACGGUGUCUCUGAAGAAAUUAUUGGAAAGGCGAUCAAGAAAUACAAUUUGCCACGCGAGAAGCUGGUCAUCCUCACGAAGUGCUACGGCUACGUUGGCGAACAGCCAGAGCUCCGAGCAAUCCAAUACCCCAAUGAGCUACCUCAAAUCAAAGACUACACCAACCAAGGUGGACUUUCCCGCGCUGCCAUCUUUAAUGCAGUCAACAAGUCCCUCCAGCGGUUGGACACUGACUACAUCGACCUCUUGCAGAUCCAUCGCUUCGACCCAAACACGCCUAUCGAGGAAACGAUGGAAGCGUUGCAUGACUUGAUCAGGAGCGGAAAGGUACGAUACAUCGGAGCAAGCUCGAUGUGGGCUGUGCAAUUUGCGCAGAUGCAGUUUGUCGCUGAGAAGAACGGCUGGACCAAGUUCAUCAGCAUGCAGAACCACUACAAUCUGCUCUAUAGGGAGGAGGAGCGGGAGAUGAACAGGUUCUGCAACGACACCGGCGUGGGGUUGAUCCCAUGGGCACCCCUCUGCCGUGGCCAUCUCGCCCGCCCUGCCUCUGCUUACGGUGAAACGGUCCGUUCCGAAGGUGAGAAGAAAGCUGGCACUUCGACGACCGGGCCGCAGGUCGAAGCGGACAGGAAGACGAUUGAGCGCGUAGAAGAAUUGGCGAAGAAGCAUGGCUGGAGCAUGAGCUCUGUUGCCCUGGCUUGGAUCAACAAGCGCGUCUCCUCCCCCAUCAUCGGUUUCAGCUCGGAGAAGAGAAUUGACGAGGCUCUUGAGGCAAGAGGCAAGACGCUGACUGACGAGGAAGAAAAGUACCUUGAGGAGCUAUACACCCCACGAGCGAUCGUAGGCCAUUCAUAGAGUGCGACUUGAAGCUCACUUACGCAACGUCGCUUGCUACUUUAGACAAGAUAUGAAAGCAGUCGACCUAUCGUCGUGAAGCAAAGAUGCGUUGCUUCUGCACUCGUGAAGGUCUUACAUUGCUG